CUAUAUUUCAUUCACAGUUUAAGCAUGGAGCCAGGGUUUUCGGUGGCUUUUCCAGGGGAGAAGGAAGGGUCUGGGUUUCAGCAGCCGAUUUUUGAUGACCAUAGACCAGACUUGAGGGAUCACAAUGAGGGCCUUGAUGAGUACCAGCGAGGAGUCACAGACUCACUGACACCAUAUACUGAGGUCCCACUGGAAUCAGCUCAGAGCUACACCACAUAUGAGGAACUUAGACGCCAAAACCGUGAAGAGUAUGUCAACCGAAUGGCUGACAAGUACCGCAAGCUUCCAGCAGAACCAGCUCCCGAGGGCCCUGGUCUUGGUACUUCACAUCUGCCAGAAGAGCCCCAGCCCCAAGCACAGACUUUCCGGCCACCCUCCUUUAGGCCCAGUGUUAAGAAGAAUCAGUACGGAGAUGAGAUUUAUGAUUAGUAUUCGACAUCCUGGAAAAGGUGGACGCUCAGCAUCUGUGGUUCCUAUUGUUAAUAUUAUUAUCAUUACUAGUAAACUAUUGGUUAUAGGUGCAUGUACUGUCUAUUGUGGUUUUGUUUUACUUAUUUUGUUUACAAAGAGGGCUUCAGAAGUGCUUAGUCACCAAGUAGUGUUUUUUUGGGGGGGAAGAAAGUUUUUAUUUAAUUUACUAUUAAUAUUGUUAUUAUCCUAAUAUGAACGAUAGUGAUAGUAAUAAGAAUAAAAGCUUUCUUUUCUGAAAAAAAAAGUUCUAGAGCCAUGUUAAUGUAAGCAAAGUUAUUAAAACACUGCAGUCCAUACAUGCAGGUAUGGUAUCGUUGGGUUAAUGUUAUUAAUUUUAUAUAGGAUUUUCAUUUGUUUUUUAAUUGGUGAUAAUUUAAUGUUUUUUGCACUAUAGUCAUAACCUUUAGCUUUGGUUACUGUACUGCUUAAUGGUUAUUAUGGAUGCAUAGUGACAGACGACAGCAUAAAUAAGAGUUCAUUACACAUAUUGAAAUGAAUGGUCAUGACAAAAUUAUAUUUAAAAUUCCUUUACACUAAGGUGACAGCAGUCUUUUUUUUUGUGGGGGGGGGAGUGGUUAAAUUAUUAUUAUUAUUUAUUUUUAUUAUUAUUAUUUUUUUUAAGGACUUUGGACAUUUCUGAAAAUUAAAGUAUGUAUGUCCAAAUAAGACUUCGAUUUUUCCCAGAAAGAAAAUUAUAUUAAAGUUUUCAUGAUAUUUUUUUUAGUGUUUUUCAUCAAAUUGUAUUUUUUUGUAUUUUAUAUUUAUAUAUAUUUAUGAUACCGAGCUGAGUGAUGGUUUAGGUUUAGCACUUCCUGUUAAAUAACCUGCAAAAUGGAAAUAUUAUCAAGAUUGUAACAGUACAGAUACUAUGAACUCAUCUUGUGUAAAUAUGGUAUUUAUGUAAAUAAAGUCUGAAUUGAUUAUC